GGGGCGAGUUUUUGCAGGGUGCUGAUUCAGCAUGACAGGUGCGCAUGCGUACUAAGGAAGCCGAGCUGUAGUAGUACGUAAGCUAGACCUUCGAGCAAGUGACGACACGGUACGUUCGCGGUAUAGCCUAGGCACGAGCAGUUGAACAUGACCAAGGCUGCCUGGACAAGAGCUCCGGCCCUUUUCUGUUUGUUUAUGGUCGUGGGAAUAGCGGAGUAUUUUGUGGUGAUCAGAUUGCACGGUUAUCUUGGGAUUGAGGCGGCGCCGGAAUCGACCGCCGCGAGGUCUUUCGCUGCAGUGUCCGGCGGAGAGCAGGGGAAAGAGACGCCGGAACAGGUCGGCGGUGGCAGGACGGGCGUGAAGCGGGAGACAGAUGUUAGAGACAAAGAAAAAGUUGACGAUGACCGAGUUCUCAGAGAUUUCUUGGACGACAACUGCAAGCGAUGCACUUUCAAGGAGAGAAUGGGCAGACUCUACGACAUAUACAGUGCACACGGGAUGUACAGUCUAAAGGACACCAAGGAGCACUAUCAUGGAGAGCCUGAGAACGAACAUGACUUUGUGAGUGUGGUCUCAGAGCCACCGGUAGAACCAGAGGUACUGGUAGAGAAAAUGAAUGUUUCAGAGAAAACCAAGACACCGCCUGGGAAGGCUGGACUGAACAUAUUGCUCAGUCUCAGGACUACAGUGACUAACCACAGAAAGAGGCUGCCUCUACUGUUUGACACGUGGCUCACCAAGGUCAACACCAGUCAGGUGUUCCUGGUCACCGAUGGGGAAGACCCUGUCCUUAGACUCGUGACUAGAAUCAAAGGUAUGCACUAUUUCAAUGCCAAGUGUGGCAACAGCUACCUCAGAGAAGAGUUGUGCUGCAAGGCUGGAAUGGAGUUUGCUCUAAUGUUUCAAGAACGGAAUAAAGCUUUUGACUGGCUGUGCCACGUGGAUGACGACAUAUAUGUCAAUAUGAGUAACCUGGUGCCACUGUUGUCCCGUUUUGACCCCAAGACUGAGCCCAUAUAUAUCGGAAGGUCGGGGUCCGCGUGGCGUUCUCCAAGGAGAGUCAAGAAGAAGGCGGGGCUGAGUCUACCAGGGGAUGACGUACCACUUUGCAGUGGGUGGCAUGUACUGUCUCAGUAGAGCCAUGCUACACAAGACCAUGCAGUGGAUCGUAGGUGGAGAGGCCUUCUCAAAGUCGUGCUCACUCACCAGAGAACCUGAGGAUGUCACUGUCGGCUUCAUUGUCGCCAUGCACAACUACAGUCUGAGUAGGACAGAGAGAAUCAACACACACGGUCUUCCCCUGGAGAGUACCGUGGAGUCUCCAUCUCUCAGUCAUCAGGUUGCAAUCUCAUAUGGCUAUGGUGCAGCGAAGUGGAGAAAACCCACCUACAAUGCUGUGAAUGUCCCUCACCCUUUAUACACCUUGGAAGAAGAUGAAUCUCAGUUUCGUUCCUUACACUGUCUUCUCUACCCUGCCACCUCGUGGUGUGGGUACCGGAGACGACUACUGCAGUCACUGAAGAUUAGUGUCUAAUGAUAUUAUCUAUUGUCUAGCAUUUUAUCCUCAUUCCGUACAUUAUUAAGCUUAGCUCAACAUUAUUUUUUAACACACUAC